AGCCAGGCCGCCGCUCACUACCAGGGCAAUCGCCACGCUCGGCGCCUCAAGGGGCUCGAGGCCGCCCGGCCCCCGGGCCCCCCUCGCCCCCCGCGGGGGGGGGUCCGAGGGGGGCGGGGAGGAGGAGGAGGAGGAGAGGGCGAAGCCAAGCGGCUCCUCUACUGCGGCCUCUGCAAGGUCGCCGUCAACUCCCUGUCCCAGCUGGAGGCGCACAACAAAGGCACGAAGCACAAGACUUUGGUCGAGGCUCGCUCGGGGCUGGGCCCCAUCCGCGCCUUCCCCAGGGGAGGGGCUCCGCAGGGACCCCCCCGGCCGAGACCCCCCGAGCGCUCCUUCCACUGCCAGAUCUGCAACGUGCGCCUCAACUCCGAGCUGCAGCUCAAGCAGCACAUUUCCAGCCGGAGGCACCGGGACGGGGUGGCCGGAAAACCCAACCCCCUCCUGGGGCGGCACAAGAAACCGCGCAGCCCCCCCGAGCUGGCUCCGCUGCCGUUCCCGAAGGAGCUGCCGAAGGCUCUGGCGGGGGGGGGGCUCCUCCCGCCCCCCCUGGCCCUGGCGGCCGCCGCCGCCGCCAUCGCCGCCCCCCCCCUGGCCCUGCGCCCCCCCGGACCCCCCCUCCUGCCCGGACCCCCCCUCGCCCCCGCCCUGCUGCGCCCGGCCCCCGGCCCCCUGCGCCCCACACACGCCCCCCUGCUCUUCUCCCCGUACUGA